AUGCCAGCCGCUCUUUAUCUAGUUGUAGUUCUUUUAGGCCAAGUUGUUGUGGAAAAAAUAAGUUUCAAACAUAUGACCUCGUGCAGGGAUGAGUUAGGCCGUUUAAUUUCUGAGAAAAGAUGCCUAACCAGUCUCAAAAUGGAAGGCUGCUGUAACCUUGGUGGUUUUAGUUUUUCUUCCUCCAGUCUGUCUACCAUUUGGCUUUCAGAUCUUCACUCCCUCUCUAAGAUGGUUUUCAACUGCCCGAAUUUGAAGGAGAUUUCCUUGAGUUUUUCUCGGCAAGCAAAUGAUAGAACUGACCUUACCACAAUUGUUGAUGGCUUGGGAAGAAGCUGCCCAAAGCUACAGAAUAUCCACAUUGCUUCUGUUCGGCUUUCACAUUCUGUGGUGCUUGCUCUUACAGCUGCAAAUUUGAGGGGAUUGCGAAUGCUUUCUCUUGUACUGGGAUCAGAGAUAUCUGAUGCAUCAGUUGCAGCUAUUGCUUCAAGCUACUCAAAUCUGGAGUUGCUUGAUUUGAGUGGAUCUAGCAUCAGUGACAGCGGCAUUGGAAUGAUCUGCAAUGUAUUUGCCGAAACACUAUCAAAGCUACUUCUUGCUCUCUGUCCCAACAUCACUUCGAGUAACCUUCUAAACCUGUUUUGA